UGCUUUAAUAUGUGUUUUUAUUUUUUCCCUUUUCUUUCUCCUCCUCAAUGUUGCUGCAAAGUUUUUUUUUUUAAUAUCUUCUUCUACUUGAUCUCUUCGAAUUCCUGCUGAUUUUGGGAUUCGAGUCUUUACUUGAUUUGAAAGUUGCUGCUGCUGCCUUCUUCUCUGAUUUGAGAGUUGCAGAUUAGAUUCAAAGUUUCUUCCUUUCGAUUUUGACCACUGAGUGGACUAGCCUUUGAAGAUCACUGUAAUUCUUGGAUCCUGAAGACUUGUGUUUCCGACACCUAUCUCAGUUUGGUCAGUUUAGAGCAUAGCUGCUUUAGGAUCCGUUUGGCUUUCAGUUCCUUUUCUUUUGUUUGGUUCUGAGAGGACGGUUUAAAAGUUUCAAACUUUCCAUUCCUUCUGAAGCCUUCUUUUGGGUCUGUCUUGCUUUCCUGGGGCAUGAACAAACCCGCGGCCGUCGAUCCGACGACGACAGAUGGUGUUGGCUCUGAAGCUCUGAAUAUGCAGAGGAGCAGUGGCAUCAAUAAUAACAUGCGUAUCCCAACACCACCAAUGUCCUUCUCAUCCAACAACAUCAACAUUCCCGGUUCUUUGGUUCUUGAUGGCUCUGCUUCAAUGCAGCAGCACUUGUCUCAGCAGCAAGCAGGGCAGAGUUCAGUUCCAAUGAGGGAAAACGAUUACUCCCACGUGGAUAAGAAGCCGAGGAUAGAAGUGAAGCAAGAGGGCAUGCUGCAGCAUCAGAUUUUCCAGCAGCUGAUCCAGCGUCAGGACCCCACUGGAAGGAACCCGCAGCUGCAAGCUCUGCUUCAGCAGCAGAGGCUUAGGCAGCAGCAGCAGCAGUUUCUUCAGUCAAUGUCGCCUUCUCAGAGAAUCCAUUUACAGCAACAGCAGCAGCUGAGGCAGCAGUUACAGCAACCGGGCGGCGCUCAACAGCAGAUCCCUCCUAAUGUGCGUCCUUAUGAAGUUGGCGUGUGUGCUCGGAAACUGAUGAUGUACUUGUAUCAUCUACAGCAACGUCCUGCUGAAAAUUGCAUUACCUAUUGGAGGAAGUUUGUGGCGGAAUACUUCUCACCUCGUGCAAAGCAAAGGUUGUGCUUGUCACAGUACGAAAGUGCUGGCCACCAUGCGCUUGGCAUGUUUCCACAAGCAGCUCCGGAUAUGUGGCAGUGUGAUCUUUGCGGAACCAAAUCUGGAAAAGGAUUUGAGGCAACUUUCGAUGUGCUUGCCAGACUGAUGGAAAUCAAAUUUGCGAGUGGAAUCAUUGAUGAGCUCUUGUAUCUAGACCAUCCAAGAGAAAACAGAUUUCCCAAUGGACUGAUGAUGUUAGAAUAUAGAAAAGCAGUUCAGGAGACUGUACACGAGCAGUUUCGCGUUGUCCGUGAGGGCCAUCUUCGCAUCAUAUUCUCACAAGAUUUGAAGAUACUUUCUUGGGAGUUCUGUGCUCGGCGUCAUGAAGAGCUUCUUCUCCGCAGACUUAUUGCUCCACAGGUGAACCAGUUGCUUCUGGUUGCACAGAAAUGCCAGAGCACGAUCUCGGAGAGUGGGUCAGAGGGAGUUUCUCAGCAGGAUUUACAGUCAAACAGUAACAUGGUCUUGGGAGCAGGACGGCAGCUGGCCAAGUUUAUGGAAUUACAGUCGCUGAAUGAUCUUGGCUAUCCAAAAAGAUAUAUCAGAACUCUACAGAUAUCUGAAGUUGUCAAGAGCAUGAAGGAUCUGAUGAUUUUCACUGGCGAGCACAAAGUUGGCCCUAUUGAUGGGUUGAAACGGCUUUUAGAACAGACAGCGACGGUAAAGCUCCAGAGACAGCAGAAAAUGCAGGAGAUGGAGCAUUUGGGGAAUAGUGGAGCUAUGAACGGGUCAGCUCAAGCUCAGAUGGCGUUGACUCAAGGAACGAUGAACGGCCUAAUUGGCAACAGCAACAGCAACAACUCCAACGCCAACAAUCACCAUCAACUUGUUGGUCGUGGAGCUAUGAAUGGCUCGGCUCAAGCUGCAGCAGCUUUGACCAACUACCAAAGCAUGCUUAUGAGGCAAAACGCUAUGAAUAACCCAAACUCAACUACGGUGGUCAAACAAGAGGGGUUCUCUAGUAGUCAGAACCCAACCCAGAGUCCAUCUUCUUCCUCCCAUCAGAGGCAGAACUUAGCAACAGUUGGAUUCCCCAGCUCUCCUCAAAUGCAACAGCAACAGCAGCAGCAGCAGCGCACCAUGAAUGGACCACCUCCCAACACGCUUCAUCAGCAGAAUCAUCCUCAUCAUUUGCAACCACCACAUUCACAUGGGAACAACAACCAGGAGCAGCAGAUGCUUAAUCAGCUGUUACAGGAGAUAUCUGAAAACGGACCAAGCUUGCAACAGCAGCAACAAGCGUUUUCAGGUCAGAGUGGUGGUGGCAACAGUAACGCAGAGAGAAACCCAACUGCUUCCACAUCCAGCAUCUCAGGAGGAGGAGGAGGAGGAGGAGGUCGAGUUCCAAGCCGCAAUAACAGUUUCAAAGCAGUCUCAAACAACAAUAAUCAUCAUCAUUUGCCAGAAGAUAUAUCAAUCGCAGAACUAUCUCAUGAUUUCUCAGAAGACGCCUUCUUCAACAACAGUGAUAUUUAUGGUAGCUUGUAGCCUUUUGUGUAAUAUCCGAACAGAAGAGAGGUAUUGGUUACUUUAGUAAUCAUCUUUAUUUAGGUUGUUGCUCUGUUUUCUAUGCUUCUUCAGUUUGUCGUUUGGUCUGAAAUUCUGACAUUUGCAUCUCUGGAUAAAAGUUGUUGUAAUGUGUUUUCUUUAUUUGUGUGACCGAGAGGAGACUUAUCUCAGCUUUUCUUUUAUGUUUCAAAAGUGCAAUAAAGAUGGUUCUUUAUUUCCCUA